UUGAUGGGUGCCCGCAAGAAGUAUUUGUGUUACCUGGUGGCGCUGGUUAUUAUUUGCGUUGUAUGGUAUGAAGUAUUUGUGGGAGAGACUUUAUAUAAUGGAACCGUUGAUUCUACAGAAAAUAAUAAAAGAUUAGUAAUUCAGAAGAAGAUGUUGUCUGAAGACUCACUCACUCAGAUCAACUUAACUGACAAGACUUACAAAACGCAAAUCAGUGGAACUGAUGCUGAAUAUAAUCUUUGGUUAUUAGAGCAGCAGCGACGACAGAACUCUGUGGAACAAGCAUGUAAAGGUCACGAGAAUAUCUUCAAGUAUAACCUGCCGAGGAACACCAACACUCUAGCCUACCUUCUGGUGGACGAUUCGCAUAAAGCUAUCUAUUGCUUUAUACCUAAGGUAGCUUGUACUAACUGGAAACGCUUGUGGAUGAUCCUCUCAGGUUUAACCCAGACAACUGAUCCAAUGAAGAUUCCCAAGAAACUAGUGCACAAGAUUCACGACAGAAUGAUGCUGAUUAAACAACAAAAAAGUACUAGAGCCCUUAAACGGAAGCUUAACACCUACAUCAAAUUUCUAAUCGUCAGACACCCAUACCAACGUCUCCUCUCCGCAUAUAGAGACAAGUUGGAAGGGACAGGAGAGGAAUUUUAUAUUAAAAACUAUGCCUAUGAUAUUGCUAAAACUUAUCGCCAAGAUGGCGGUGAUACAAACAUUUCUAAGCCCGGCAACGGCCUUACGUUCUCAGAGUUCGUCAGUUAUGUAAGUGAUCGUCCUAAAGAUGGCUUUGAUGAACACUGGAGACCAUAUACCCAAUUAUGUUUCCCGUGUGACAUACAUUAUGACGUCAUUGGCAAGUAUGAGACACUAGUCAAGGACUCUGAACACUUCUUGAGACUAAUUGGAGCUCCAGAGGAUCUGCACUUUCCCACUUUUGUCCCAAGCAACACUUCAGCACUUCUGGAAGCCUACAUGGCAAGCCUCUCUCAAAAACAACGCGAGAGCCUCCGCACUAUAUACAGAAAAGACUUCCAGAUGUUUAACUAUGAAGAAGAAAUAUAAAUAAAUAUGCAUUUCAAAAACCCAAAUGAAGAAGCUAAAACACAGAUACAAAGAAGACUGUUUAUUUCAAUCCCAUAUUGAGGCUCUUCUGUUUAAAGAUGAAAUAUUCAGUGCUCGUCUUUUAUUGUAGUUUAUUCAGCGUUCAUUACACUUUUAUGUUUGGAUUUACAUAUAUAUAACCUUAAAUUAAGGAGUGCCAUCCCUUAUCAGGAGAGCAGAAUUAAUGAAGAUAUUUUCACACUCUAAGUAACCCAUAAAAUAAUCUGCACAGUUAUAAUGCUGUGAUAAAAAAAAACUCCUAAACAUAGAUAUUUAACCCAGUUAUUCUA